ACUCAAACUUGCAGUUGCUGAUUUGUUGUGUAUUUUUCUGGGAACAAGGACAAUGACCAAAAGAGUUAUCUGACAAGAAUUUAAAACAAUUACUGCACUGGCUAAUGAGUUCCGAGGAAAGGAGAUGGGGCGAGGUACGAACCUUGUUAAUUGGAAAACAUCUUUGCGCUGCGGGCUAGGUGUGGAGAAUUUGGAAAUCAAAAACUCUAGCUUUCUGGCAAAAUGAAGCUGGAGAUUUUACGAAGGAACAGCAUACCACUUUUGGAGAAGAAAUCUAACUGAUAGGGAAAUCGAAGAGUGGGUUAGUCUCCAUCAUCAAAUUGCCUCGCGAAGACCGAAUGGAGGUGAAGAUAGAAGGCUGUGGAGUUUUCGAUUUUUUAAGAUGGAAGACAGGAAACGUGCGCUUGUGAGCCGAUUGCUUCAGUAUGCUCUUGUGCAUAACAUAUUGGAAAUCCCAUACGAUGAGAUCAUUAUAAAGCGCACAUUGGAAGGCAAGCCAUAUCUGGAAUGUGAUAAACUUACUUCGGACAUCCCCAAUUUUAAUUUUAAUGUAUCGCAUCAUGGUGAUUAUGUGGUUAUAGCAUCAGAACCUCUGUGUCUUGUGGGGUUGGAUGUUGUCUCCUACACUGCUCCCCAAAAUGAGGAUACCAUUGAAUAUGUUGAAAGCUUCUCCUCUUACUUUUCAAGUUUAGAAUGGAAGAAUAUCAUGAAUCCUAGCUCUAGCACCAGUGUUUUGGUUGAGUUCUACAGAUACUGGUCUCUCAAAGAAGCAUAUGUGAAAGCUAUUGGAAGUGGAAUGGCAUAUGGGUUGGAGCAAGUGGAGUUUCAUCACAUUGGGUGGAAUGAGAUACAGGUGAAAGUUGGAGGGGAAAUUCUGAAAGAAUGGAGAUUUUGGAUUUCCGAGUUGGGAAAUGGACAUUGUGUGGCAGUUGCCAAGGGGCAUCCGAGACUCGCUACCAAGAGCUACCGGAGCACUCUAAUGAGGUCGGAGUUUGAACCCGAGGAGUAUCAUGCUGGUCUUCUUCUUCCCAAUGUCAGCUUUGUGUCAAAAACUGUAGAACAACUUAUUUCCAUGUCCAUGGAGUGAGACUUGCAUUGUUUUUGUUAGUGGGUAACGUAGAGGAGAUUUUGUAGACAAAGUGGAAUUUGGAUUAGGGUACAGACGAGAAGGGGGAAGUUUGGAGGGUGGGGAUAAAUUAUUUGGAAUGGCUUGACUAAUGUAGUUUACGAUUAUAUUGUUGGGAGUAUGAGAGAGAAAUUAAAACUUAUUUUUUGUACCAAUAUCGAAUAUUAAUAAGAGCAUUUUUUUUAUUUUUUGAAA